AUAUUUCUGGUAGAUCACCUUCGACCCAUUGACCAAAGAACGCAACAACAGUAUCAUGAAGAUUUUUGCCGCACUAUCAAUGCUACUCGCAUCGGCCUCGGCCUUUGCUCCCAGUGCAACCCAGAAGAGAGGCACCGCAAUGAAUGCCCUUGUCGACGAUGCCUUCGGUGUGAGCAUCGAAACUGGAAAUAAGGUCCCACCUCUUGGUCGCAAAAUCCUUGAAGACGCCGGACCUGAUGGAAUCAAGUGGUUCCAAAACGCCGAAAUUAAGCAUGGCCGAAUUGCUAUGGUAGCCACCAUUGGAUUCUGGGUACAAAAGCUUGGGGUUCACUUUCCGCUAUAUUUGGGACCCUCUGGAUCGAAUGCCUUCAGCCCAGACUCGACCGCCUCCAACUGGCUGCUGUCGUCCACCACUGGCGUUACAUUCCAGGACAUCGCCCAGGCUGCUCCUCUUGAUGCCAUUAACAUGGUUCCUGUUCAGGGUUGGUUUCAGAUCUUUUUGGCCGCUGGAUGGUUUGAAUGCAUCGCUUACAACCGCCAGUGGGCUGAGGGACGAGAAAUUCCCGGUGAUUACGGAUACGAUCCUCUGGGAUUUACCAAGAAGGAAGGAGGUAUUGCCGGUAAAGACUUUGAAAGCCUUCGUAUGAAAGAAAUCAAGAAUGGACGAGUUGCAAUGUGAGUAUCAGGAGUUCGUAUGCCUUGCUUGUGGCAAAAUUUGAUUUUCAACGUUGGCUGUUGUUGGAUGCAUGAAGACGUUUUAAGCUGGUGAAUUCUCUUAUCGUUUUAUCCCUUUCUAUUGUCUGUUCGAUUCGAAAUUAGGAUGACAAUUGCUGCAUGGGUUGCCAAUGAAGCCAUCCCUGGAGCUCUUCCUGUGUGGCAUCCGUAAUUAGCUAGCCUCAGCUGAAGCGAAAGCAAAGAUGUGUCUUGCGGCGAACCACCAGGCGGCCAGAGAAGGAUGUGCAUGUCGAAACCCGUGCUGCCAUAUAGUGCGCGCAUGUGGUACCAUGCAUAUUCUAAGAUUUUCAUAGAUCGAUGAUGAAUAGACAUUAUUGUAAUUGACACUAGUACCAUCUUUUUCUUCAUUAGAUGCAGUAGCACACUCUGAUUCGUUCCGCCAUAAAGCUACGAAGCGUGA